AAAAAUGAAGUGAGAGAGAAGAGAGAGUGAGGGCGCGCUGAUAGCCGAAUCGCCGUCGUCGAUAUUCUUCUACUUUGCCACCACCCUCAAAGCCCUAUAAACCCUAAUUCCCAGAUCUCGCUCUCUCCUCUCUCUCUCUCUCUCUCCUCGGCAUGGCUUGUUGCCGGAGAAGCCUCACCGCCUCGUUCACCCAACUCACCCGCCGCCUCCGCCCCUCCUGCGCUCACAUCCUCCUCGAUGAUCGGGAAACCACCGAACCCACGAAUCCUCCGCCGUUGUCCCAGUUUCCUUCCCGUUACUACUCCUCUGCUCUCGUCCCAUCGGUCUCUAGCCAUGUUGGAUGGAGAAGCCCCGGCUUCUCUCCUCUCGGCUUCGACUCCUCCCUCCUGCGCAGCUAUUCCUCAGCCACCGAAGGCUCGACUGAGAUCGGACUCGUAAACGACGUCACGGAGGUCUUGUCCGACAGCGGAGUGGUGGAGACCGCUGUUGCGGCCGUCCCAGCUCCUUUUCCUGGGGAGGUAGCAGCUGCGGCGGCUGAUUCGUUUCUUCCCGUGGCAGCUCUGCAGCAUUUGAUCGAUGCAGUUCAUUCUUUCACGGGUCUCAACUGGUGGGCUUCCAUUGCUCUGACGACUGUAUUGAUCAGGAUGCUUACUGUUCCGCUUCUGUUGAGUCAGAUGAAAUCCACUGUGAAGCUUAGUAUGAUAAAACCAGAGAUGGAGCAGAUUAGGGAACAAAUGGAUACAAUGGAUCCCAAAUCAUUACAGGAAGGUCAAAAACGAAUGAAGGAAUUGUUCAAAAAGCAUGGGGUCACACCAUUUACUCCACUGAAGGGACUCUUUAUCCAAGGCCCAGUAUUCAUGAGUUUCUUUUUUGCAAUCUCGAACAUGGUUGAGAAAGUUCCAUCUUUCAAGGGUGGUGGGACUCUAUGGUUCACUGACUUGACAACGCCUGAUCCUCAGUACAUCCUUCCAAUAUUGACAGCGCUGGUAUUCUUUGCAACUGUAGAGCUUAACAUGCUAGAAGGAAUGGAAGGAAAUUCUAUGGCAAAAACCAUGAAGAACUUCUCCAGGGGUCUUGCAGUAUUAACAGUUCCAUUUACAGCCAGCUUUCCAAAGGCUAUCUUCUGUUACUGGGUUACAUCGAACCUUUUCUCGCUUGGGUAUGGUUUUGUGGUGAAACGCCCUCCUGUGAGGAAGUUCUUGAAUCUCCCAGAAGUAGUUCCUCAACCACAACCCGCGGGUGGGAACUUCUCUUUCUUUGGCACCUCCAAGCAGACAGAACCUGUAGCCCUAUCUACAACAGCUGAGGCAGCGUCUCCAGUUUUUCCACCGAGGGUUAAGGUGUCCGAGCAAAGUAGGACCUCUGAGAAAAAGAUAUAUUCUUCUUCCGCUAUAAGUCACCGGAUUAGAAACUUGGAGAAGACCGUCAAAGCUAGAAACAAAACUAAGAAAAGGUGAGAAAUGCUGUUGGCUUAUUCUGUUCCCAGUCAGUGCGCACCAUGCCAACCAUUUCUUGGAUUUUUAUUACUUGCUAGGUUUAUCAUAUUUUCACACAUGUUGUAAUAUUGCUUAGUUUCUUGAGCAAUUUGAUUUUUUAAAAGGACAAUAAUGUUAUUAUCGCAUAGUCGAUAAUUGGUGUAUGAAAACCUGUAUCUUGGGAAGACAUUGAUCGAGAGAGAUGAUUAGAUGAUUGAUUCGGCAUCUUUUCAUCACAUAGCCAUAUUUUC